UAGUUUCUGCUUGUCUUUUGUACUUCAUAUUUAUAUCUUCAAGUCUCAAACCAAAUACUCAUUCUCCAUCGCAGUCUUGAUAUAUAUCCUACAUCUCCCACCACCCACCCACAACCACUCAAAAAUGCCCCUCAAAUACCUCCUCCCCACCAUCCUCUCCCUCCUCGCCCUCACAGCCGCAACACCAGUCGUAACAGUAACCGCCUCCUCCGCCCCCUUACCCACAUCACCAUCCUACACCGAUGCAGGCACCUUCCAGAAAGAUAUGGUUGCGGCGCAUAAUUUCUACAGAGCCGCGCAUGGAGCGAAGGAUCUGGUGUGGAAUGAGACGAGUGCGGAGUUUGCGAAGGAUUGGGCUGAGGGGUGUAGGUUUGAGCAUAGUGGCGGACCCACGGGCGAAAACCUCGCAGCAGGCUAUCCCAACGCCUCAGCCAGUGUCGAUGCAUGGGGUCUAGAGCGCACGAGUUACAACUUUAAGAAACCGACUGGGUUCAGUGAGAAGACGGGACAUUUCACGCAGCUUGUCUGGGGGAAUACCACGAGUGUGGGGUGUGCGGUUGAGAGCUGUCAGGGGGAGAAUGACACACCCGGCUUCUACGUCGUAUGCGAGUACUACCCACCUGGCAACGUAGUCGGCAACAACAACCAAUUCUUCAAAGACAAUGUUUUGAAGCAGGAGAAAGGAAAGGCGACGGACACAGUGGAGAGCGGAAUCACUAGUGCGGCAACGAGAGACGGUGUUUGGAUGGCUGGUGUGUUGGGGUUGGCGGUUGCCAUGGGUAUAGGAAUGGGGUUGUAGAUCUGGAAGCAGACUUGGGCAUGAGGAGGAAAGAAGGGAGAGGUUUUGAUACCCUGUCGUUAUGUUUUGGUUUCUUGUGUACAUAUUUUGACCUGGUUGAGCAUUUGAGCGAUAGAUAUGAGAUUAUGAGAUCAUGAUUCCUUCAGCCU